CCACCUUACCCCUAACCUUACCCCACCUUACCUUCUAACCUUACCCCACCUUACCUUCUAACCUAACCCCACCUUACCCCCUAACCUUACCCCACCUUACCCCUAACCUUACUCCCUGACCUUACUCCCUGACCUUACUCCCUGACCUUACUCCCUGACCUUACCCCCUAACCUUACCCCUGACCUUACCCCCUGACCUUACUCCCUGACCUUACCCCCUAACCUUACUCCACCAUGACCAGUCUGAAGCGGUCUCAGACAGAGCGUUCGGUGGGCGGCUCGGUACCUGCCUCUGAUGAAUUCUACACCCGUCGCCUGCGCCUCCCCAAUGGUGGCGCCCCCCCACCCCGCUCUGAGAGCGCCCACCUCACCUCCUCUUCCUCGUCUGGCUCCUCUUCCUCCUCCACCCCGGGGGUUCCCAAGAUGGGGGUCAGGGCCCGCGUGGCAGACUGGCCCCCCAAAAGGGACGGAACGGGUGGAGUGUGGCACAUCACCGUAGAUACGGACUCUCCAAGUUCCACCAUGUCAUCUUCAGGUGGAGGAGAAUGUGGGUCGGGCGGAGAAAGAGAGCGAGAGCGGAGCUCGGGUUCAGGCUCGGCGCCCACGGCCCAUAGCAACCUCUCGGCUAAACUGGGCCACCUGAUCAGCCCUCAUGACUCCUCGAUGCUCCGGAACAUCCACAACACCCUGAAGAGCAAGAUGCACCACAGCAGACAUCACAGCAAAGACAACCGCUACCUGUCGCCAGACGGCUACCAGGGCUCGCCGCGUAAAGGCAUGAGGCGUAUCCGCCAGCGCUCCAACAGUGACAUCACUAUCUCUGAGCUGGAGGGUGACGGGGGCGAGGGCUGGUCCUUCUCCGGCUGGACGCCCAUGCACCGAGAGUACGGAAGCACCUCCUCCAUAGACAAACAUACGGGCUCAGGGGAGAGCUUCUUCGAUAUGCUCAAGGGUUAUACAUCCCAGGAGGCUCCAGACCAGCGCAGCCCGGCACCGGACAGACUCAGGGAGCUGCUGACGGUCGCCCCGCACAAACAGGCUGCCUUAGAUCUGCCUGAUGGACCUCUGGGUCCUACCAGAGGUAGCCCCUCCAGUCGCCUGAAGGAAAGAGAGAAACAACUCAAGAGGAGAUCCAAGUCGGAGACGGGCGGGGAGUCCAUCUUCCGGAAGCUUCGUAGCGUCAAGGCCGAGGGCGACUCUUCCCGUGCCGGAUCAGACAUAGAAGACGGGGGGCGGGAGGACGGUAACAGCCCCAAACCCUGGACCUGUCAGAAGGGCUUCGCCCACUUUGACGUGCAGAGUAUCCUCUUUAACCUCAACGAGGCCAUCCAGGGACGACAGUCCGGUGGGAAACCCAAGAACACCACCACAGGAGCUUCUGCUGCCGCCGCCGCCUCGGCCUCUGCCACUUCCUCCCUCUCAUCCAAUCAGAGCGGAGUAUACGGUGGGGGUGGGUCUCCGUGCGGGUCGCAGGAGGAGCUAAGUGGGAAGGAGGGGUGUCCGGGUACAGGAGGGGGACAUGGCACUAACCCUGCCCUGGAUCCUGGGGAUGACAAGAGCAAUGAACUGGUGCUGAACUGUCCCUGUUUCAGGAAUGAACUGGGAGGAGAGGGAGAGAGGAACAUCUGUCCUUCUAAACAGCAGGGUAGUAUAGGCAGUGGAGAGAGCUCUGGGGGGGGAGGUGGCUCAGAGGGGCCCCUGGAGACCAAUCUCCCCCACUUCACCAAUGCCGGGGUGGCCGUGCUGGAGGCCCCUAAAGAUGGACAGGGACAACACGCCGACAGGGCCAAACGAUCUGUGGAACACUGUGACCUGGGGGCCUACUACUACAGGAAAUACUUCUAUCUGAGGGAGCAUUGGAACUACCUGGGUGUAGACGAGACUCUAGGUCCAGUUGCAGUGAGUCUGAGGAGAGAGAAACUAGAGGAACACAAGGAGCAUGGACAACAGUACAACUACAGAGUCAUCUUCAGAACCAGCGAGCUCACCACCCUGCGUGGGUCCAUUCUGGAAGAUGCUGUGCCCUCCACCUCUAAGCACGGCCUGGCUCGGGGUCUACCCCUCAAAGAGGUGCUAGAUUACCUGGUACCAGAGCUGACCGCCCACUGUCUCAGACUGGCUCUCAACACACCUAAAGUAACAGAGCAGCUGAUGAAGCUGGACGAACAGGGGUUGAGUUUCCAGUUGAAGGUGGGGGUGAUGUACUGUGCGUCGGGACAGAGCAGUGAAGAGGAUAUGUAUAACAAUGAUUCGGCAGGUCCUGCUCUGGAGGAGUUCCUUCAGCUGCUGGGGGAGAGGGUCCGACUGAAAGGAUUCACCAAGUACCGAGCCCAGUUGGACACAAAGACUGACUCCACAGGGACCCACUCCCUGUACACCACCUAUAAGGACUAUGAGGUGAUGUUCCACGUGUCCACCAUGCUGCCCUACACACCCAACAACAAACAACAGCUCCUGAGGAAGCGUCACAUAGGAAAUGACAUAGUGACCAUCGUAUUCCAGGAGCCUGGGGCUCAACCCUUCACCCCUAAGAACAUACGCUCUCACUUCCAACACGUGUUCGUAGUGGUGAGAGCACAUCAACCCUGCUCUGACAACACCACUUACAGCGUGGCGGUCACUCGUUCUCGUGACGUCCCAUCCUUCGGUCCUCCCAUCCCAGAGGGCGUGUCCUUCCCAAAGUCCUCCACAUUCCGGGACUUCCUUUUGGCCAAAGUCAUCAACGCAGAGAACGCCGCCCACAAAUCUCACAAAUUCCGCGCCAUGGCGACACGGACACGUCAGGAGUACCUCAGAGAUCUGGCAGAGCGCAACACCACAUCGACCCCCAUCGACCCGUCCGGGAAAUUCCCCUUCAUCUCAUUGGCUCACAAGAAGAAGGAGAAGAGUCGUCCGUACGCGGGGGCGGAGCUUCGGAGCCUCGGCGCCGUCACGUGGGCGGUCCACGCCGAGGAUCAUGGAGCGGGAGGAGAGCUCGAAGCGCUAUUGGCUAUCUCCAACGACUUCCUCAUCCUAUUGGAUCAGGAGGCCAAGGCCGUGGUGUUUAACUGUGCUACUAAGGACGUGAUUGGCUGGACGCUGGGGAGUCCCGCCUCCAUGAGGAUCUUCUAUGAGAGAGGGGAGAGUGUGUCUCUGAGGUCUGUCAGUAACAACACAGAGGACUUCAGAGAGGUGGUGAAACGACUGGAGUACCUGACUAAGGGUUGUGAGACAUCUGAGAUGACACUACGUCGUAACGGGCUGGGCCAGCUGGGUUUCCAUGUCAACUACGAGGGCAUCGUGGCAGAGGUAGAAUCGUACGGGUACGCCUGGCAGGCCGGGCUGAGGCAGGGCAGCCGAUUGGUCGAAAUCUGCAAGGUUGCCGUGGCGACUCUGACCCACGAGCAGAUGAUCGACCUGCUGAGGACGUCGGUCACCGUCAGGGUGGUCAUCAUACCCCCGCACGAAGACGCUACGCCACGCAGAGGUUGCUCUGAGCUCUAUCGUAUCCCAGUGGUUGAGUAUAAGAGCAGUGGUGAGAGUGGUUCGUUUGACUACAAAUUCCCGUUCCGCAGCAAAGACAACAAGUGGCAGAGAACCUCCAGUAGCCCCCAGCAGUCCCUGACGGCCUCCCCCCAGCCGCACACCCCCAACCGGGCCGUCAGCCUGGGGAGCUCUGGGGGGAAGACCCUGUCUGCUGAACGCCCAGAGAGAAACGCUGCUAUACCACGCAGUGUUAGUAGUGAUGGACGGCCGCUGGAUACCAAGAGAAUGUCUCCAGGCAGUGAGAACUAUGCUCCGGUCUCCUCUCUGGCACUGGGCCGUUCUCCUCACAACCGAUCUUCCCUGUCCAACCUCUCCUUCUCCAGUGACACCUUGCAGCUUUGGAGGACUCAGAAGUCCAUGCCCGAGGGGUUUGGAGAACACAGACAACACUCCCCUCUGUCUACAGAGCGACAGGUGGUAGGAGAAGGCGGGGCUAGUGGCAAGUCCACACCUAAUUGGCCGAGAGGGGAGGAAGGGGGCGGGACCGACAGAGGUUCUACAGAUGCUCCUGUGUCUAAGUCUGGUCCUGGGUACUCCGGAGCACCACGCAUCCAGAGGCAGGAGCAGGUCAUGCACCACUCCCCCAAGAAGAGCUCCCAGCCUGAGGGUCCCUACUCCAGCAGUAACACCAUGUCCAGCACGGCCUCGAGCGGGGGCCACAGCGACACCGACAAGUGGUUCGACCUGGGGGGACCAGGGGAGGCCCCUGACUCUGAACCCAAUGGCCUGGGAGGGGGGUACCUCCAGGGGGCCUCAGCCGACAGCGGGAUAGACACCUCAUCCUACGGAGGAGGGGGUGGGGGCCACUCACACCCCCACCAGGAGAGUUCUAGUUCCCUCUUGGCUCCCGGGGGUAGAGAGGGUAGGGAUAGAGCUCCAUCCCCCUGGCAUAGCCCCACUGAGGGGGGCAGGAGAGUCCUGGAGAGGUCCUCCCCGGCCGCAGAGAGCUCACAACCCCCAGGGGAGAGAGGAGAAGGGGCGGCUAGGACUCCUCCUACAUGCCUACUGGUUGGAGAUGGCAGCUCGUACAGUCCGACUGAUGCAGGAUCGCACUCCAGUUCCAGAGGCCACUCCCCUCGUGAGGACUCCUCUUCCUCGGCCACCUCCCCUUGCUCCCAGACGUCGGUCUCUCCCGGCCCCAAGACCUUCUACCCCCGUCAGGGAGCCACCUCCAAGUACCUCAUCGGCUGGAGGAAGCCAGGAUCCACCAUCAACUCUGUCGACUUCGGAGACAACCGCAAGAAGUCUCCAGGGGAGGGAGGAGGAGGAAGUGGAGGCGAGGGGAGUGGCGGCGGCGGAGGACGAGGGGGUCAGGAUGGGGGUAACAGCAGACCCCAUCACGCCCUCCAGCCACACCUCACCCACGCUAAGACCACCGCGGAGGACGACAUGAAGAGACUGAGUCCAGACAGCCCUGCCAAACACAGACGACACAAGGUCAAGUCCUCCUCCUCAGGCCAGCCCCCUACCCGUCGGUCUCUCCACCGCACCCUGUCUGAUGAGAGUAUCUACCGGGGCCAGCGUGUCCCCUCUCUGAGGCUGGGGGACCUAGAACCAGACCCAACCCUGGGUAGUGACGUGCUGUUCAGCUGCUCCACGUUGCCACGCUCUCCCACCACCCGCGGGGUGCCCCUCAGACGACCCUCGUACAAACUGGGGAUCAAACUACACGGGGAUCUGUCUGCGUCUGACACGUCAUUGGCUGAGAUGGUUGAGCGACAGCGCCACCCCCUUCCCCAGGAGCUGAUGCCCCUCCCCCCCUCUGAGAGCAGGGACAGCCCCCUGGACUGGACCCACCUGGUGGAUGUGGCUAAUACCUUCGAAAUCCAGAGAGGGUUUGUGUUCAGUGAUUCUAACCAUAGAGGUAGUGGAGCCUCCAGCCCUCACCAGUCACAACCCAGCCUGGACCUACUACCUGCCCCUCUGUCCAGACCAUCCUCCAGUGAGGGUCCAGCAGGUCUGGAGAGGAAUGUGACCAAGCUGGAAGCCGUGGUCAAGAUGCUACAGGAUGACCUGAAGAAGGAGCGUGAGGAGAAGCAGCGUCUCCAUCUGCAGAUCAAAAGGCUCUGGGAGGAUAACCAGCGGCUGCAGGAGGAGUCCCAGAGCUCUGCUGCCAAACUCAAGAAGUUCACAGAGUGGGUCUUCAACACCAUCGACAUGAACUGAGACAGACAGAGGAGGAGAGGAGGAGGGUUCUACCACAUUGACCAGAAGAGGAGAGGGAGGAAAAGGACAGAGGAGGAGAGGAGGAGGGUUCUACCACAUUGACCAGAAGAGGAGGGGGAGGAAAAGGACAGAGGAGGAGAGGGAGGAGGGUUCUACCACAUUGACCAGAAGAGGAGGGGGAGGAAAAGGACAGAGGAGAAGAGUAAAUGAAAAGAAAGAGGACCAGUCCCAAAAACAUUCCCCUUCUCCCUUGCACAAACAGAAGUACUGAUUCCACUCUCCAUGCCUCUUCCUUGUCCCUGGAAGUACUGAUUCCACUCUCUGAAGUGCCAACUAAGGUUUCCUCUCUCAAAUACCCACUGAAACUCAGGAUUAGCUAGAAGGACAGUCUUCUGUUAAAUAAUGAAGGAUUAAUUUCAUACUGUGUGAUUUGAAGGGGAGCUGUGUGUGUGUAGUUGUGAUGGGCUCUCGGUACUGCCAAGAAAUACUGGAGCUCAGAAGACUAGAGCUCUGUCCUCCUCCUCUCCUCCCUCACUGUCUGAGCUGACUCCGAUAUAAAGAGAGACUUGUGUUUUACCCCAAUAGCCAGCCUCUCAGUGGCUGUACAGUACAUCUCUUCAGCUAAGGCCUCAAAGCACAUAAGAGCACAGAGUAACAGGAAACUGUGGAAUCUCAUCUCAUCUCCCUGUCUCCUCUUCCUCCUCUGCAAAUUUGACUUGUCUGAUGCUACCUCUGUCUACACUACCCCAACAGACAGGCAGAUAGAUGGACGGAGGGAAGAGGCAGACAGACAGACAGGUAGAUAAACAAACAGGUAGAUGGACAGACAGACAGGCAGACAGGUUGAUAGACAGGCAGACAGACAGGCAGACAGACGGGCAGACAGAUAGACAGACAGACAGACAGACGGGUAGACAGACGGGUAGACAGACGGGUAGACAGACGGGUAGACAGACGGGUAGACAGACGGGUAGACAGACAGACAGGCAGACAUACAGAUACACUGACAGGCAGGCAGACAGGUUGAUAGGCAGACAGACAGACAGGUAGACAGACACAGGUCGAUAGGCAGACAGGUAGGUAGGUAGGUAGAUAGACAGACACUAGUCGAUAGGCAGACAGACCCACAGGCAGGCAGACAGACCCACAGGCAGGCAGACAGACCCACAGGCAGGCAGACAGACCCACAGGCAGGCAGGCAGACCCACAGGCAGGCAGACAGACCCACAGGCAGGCAGACAGACCCACAGGCAGGCAGACAGACCCACAGGCAGGCAGACAGACCCACAGGCAGGCAGACAGACCCACAGGCAGGCAGACAGACAGACAGGUAGAUAGACAGACAGCGGGAGGGAAAAGACAGAAAACCAGCCUUGUGUUUCCAGUUGUUUUUUUCUGUACAUUUAUAUUCCUCAAUCUACAGGGAACACAGAUCUGUAUGUAUUUCUGUAGGAACAAACACUUAGAGAGAAUGGAGACCCGUCCGUUCCUCACCUGUACAUAUCAACUAGCUCUCUGUGGUUUACUGUAUAGUCUGCAUUCUGACCAUCAACACAUUGUACCUGUACUGGUUUGGACCGGGGCAUUGAGAGGUACAUGGAGUCACUGUCAUUAGGCCAGGCUACAUCUGAAGGAGAACUUAACAAGAGUCUCUGUUUUUUGGGGGGGUUUUGGUUGACAGACAUUCGUCUAUACCUCUCCCAUAGUGCCCCCUUACUAGUCUGGUUGGCCUGUAGUGUGUCACGAUCAAGCCUAUAUAGCUGGCAUACACAAGGCUACCAUACACACCUCUUACCCCAUAACCAUACACACACUCUUACCCCACACACACUCUUACCCCAUAACCAUACACACACUCUUAUCCCAUAACCAUACACACACUCUUACCCCACAACCAUACACACACACCCCAUAACCAUACACACACCACUACCCUACAACCACACACACACUCUUACCCCACACACACCAUUACCCCACAACCAUACACACACCUCUACCCCAUAACCAUACACACACUUAGCCCACAAUCAUACACACACUCUUACCCCAUAACCAUACACACACUCUUAGCCCAUAACCAUACACACACUCUUAGCCCACAAUCAUACACACACUCUUACCCCAUAACCAUACACGCACUCUUACCUCAUAACCAUACACACACUCUUAGCCCACAAUCAUACACACACUCUUACCCCAUAACCAUACACGCACUCUUACCCCAUAACCAUACACACACUCUUACCCCACAACCAUACACACACUCUUACCCCACAACCAUACACACACUCUUACCCCACAACCAUACACACACUCUUACCCCAUAACCAUACACACACCACUACCCUACAACCACACACACACUCUUACCCCAUAACCACACACACACUCUUACCCCAUAACCAUACACACACUCUUACCCCACAACCAUACACACACUCUUACCCCAUAACCAUACACACCUCUAAACCACAACCAUACACACACUCUUACAUCACAACCAUACACACACUCUUACCCCACAACCAUACACACACUCUUACCCCAUAACCAUACACACACCACUACCCUACAACCACACACACACUCUUACCCCAUAACCAUACACACACUCUUACCCCAUAACCAUACACAUACUCUUACCCCAUAACCAUACACACCUCUAAACCACAACCAUACACACACUCUUACAUCACAACCAUACACACACUCUUACCCCAUAACCAUACAAACACUCUUACCCCAUAACCAUACAAACACUCUUACCCCACACACACCACUACCCUACAACCACACACACACUCUUACCCCACACACACUCUUACCCCACAACCACACACACACUCUUACCCCACAACCACGCCUCCACUGAAACCUCUGCCAUGUUAAAUCCUACAACUAAUUACAGAUGCUUGUGACACUUUGACCUGACAGCAAAAGACUGUACUGUUAUCCAGUGCCGCUUCACAACAACAACAACAAGCCAUCAUUAUCAAGGGCUCCAGGAUCACAUGACAUGGGUGAAAUCAGGAGCAUAUUGGUGAUUAGGAACCGUGUAGGUCUUAAAAGCAAUAGCAAAGGAGUUACAACCAAACUUGGUCUCAGAGGAAAGAUCUGAAGUCGAAACACGGCACCAUAAGGUUUUAGACAGCCGUCUUAAAGGAGAAUUCCACCCAAAAUGCAGCUUCAUAAAAUGCCUCAUAACGGCUGUAUGUCUUUAUUUUGCUACAUUUCUAUAUAUUGGAAAACUUGAUUGUUGACAUACAAAACAUUUUGGGACUAUAUCAACAGUGGACUAAUGUAACAAAUACCACAAGAGUUUUUUUUUUUUUGGGGGGGUGGAAUUUUCCUUUAACUUCUCUGAAAGCAAUGGGCCGUCUCCUGCCUUUGGUAACUAGACGCUGAAGAGAAGGAAAGAAAGACAGAUGUUUUCUCUUCUCCAUCUCAAGGAAUGUUAAUUCUGAGAAAACUUUUAAAAUUCCAGUCGACGAGUCAUUUUAAUCGGGGUGAGGGGGGGGACAUUUUCGGAUGUAUUUAUGUCUUUGUGUAUUGUAAAAAUUAAUAAAUAAGUUGUUUUUGUUGUGUACAGUGCAA